CUCUCUCUCUCUCUCUCUCUCUCUCUGCAGAAUCGCCACCAUGCACUCACUAUCAUCACAGGCGAUGCGCCCUCUUUCUCUCUCGCCAUCCUUCACUCACUCGUCUUGUCAAUUUCGCUUCCUCUCUUCUCUCUCACUCCCUGUUUUCCAUAAAUUUCAAACCCGCCCCUCAUUUUACAAAAUUUAUCCAAAAGCUCCUCUUUUUGUCAGAAACUGCACUUCCAUAUCCGCCAAACCCUCUUCCGAGUUCCGCAAGGACCGGACCCAAGAGCCACCGGAUGAGAAGCUCCGCGCGCUUCGCGAGCUGUUUACCAAGCCUGGAGUUAACAUUGAUGCGUAUAUCAUACCUUCUCAGGACGCUCACCAGAGUGAGUUCAUUGCUGAAUGUUAUAUGAGGAGGACUUUUAUAUCUGGAUUUACUGGUAGUGCUGGCACUGCUAUUGUCACAAAGGAUAAAGCAGCUCUAUGGACAGAUGGUCGUUACUUUCUCCAGGCUGAGAAGCAGCUGAACCCUAGUUGGAUUCUUAUGCGAAGUGGUAACCUUGGAAUCCCUACUAUCAGUGAAUGGCUAAACAGUGUUUUGGUGCCUGGAGGCAGAGUUGGCAUUGAUCCGUUUCUAUUUUCUUCUGCUGCUGCAGAGGAAUUGAAGGAGGCUAUAGGGCAGAAGAAUCAUGAGUUAGUUUACUUGUACGAUUUUAAUCUUGUGGAUGCUAUAUGGAAGGAAUCAAGGCCAAAGCCUCCGAACAAACCUAUUAGAGUACAUGACCUGAAAUAUGCUGGAUUAGAUGUGGCAUCAAAACUAUCUUCCCUGCGGUCUGAACUUGUUGAUGCUGGUUCGUCUGCCAUUAUAAUAUCAAUGCUUGAUGAAAUCGCCUGGCUGCUAAAUUUGAGAGGAAGUGAUGUUCCACAUUCCCCUGUUAUGUAUGCCUACUUAAUUGUGGAAACGGCCAAAGCAAAAUUAUUUAUAGAUGAUUCUAAAGUUACCACAGACGUGAUGAAUCACUUGAAGAAUGCCGGUGUAGAGUUGAGGCCAUAUGAUUCCAUCCUUUCUGAAAUAAAAAGUUUGGCAGCUCAAGGUGCUCGACUUUGGUUGGAUCCUUCCUCUGUUAAUGCUGCUAUUAUGAACACCUAUAAGAUUGCCAAUGAAAGAUAUCUUGAAAGUAUUGAGAAUAAGAAGAAGAGUAAGACUAAGAUGUAUGGUGACACCAAUGGUCAGUCUGGAGGACCCACUGGGGUUUUGAAGACAUCUCCUGUCGCUGUUGCAAAGGCAUUGAAAAAUUCUGCUGAGUUAGAAGGAAUGCGAAACUCUCAUUUAAGGGAUGCUGCUGCGUUGGCACAGUUUUGGGUCUGGCUGGAAGAAGAACUUCAUAAUGGUGUGAAACUAACAGAGGUAGAUGUUGCAGACAAACUUCUUGAAUUCCGUUCAAAGCAGGCUGGUUUUAUAGAUACUAGCUUCGAUACCAUAAGUGGUUCCGGUGCAAAUGGUGCUAUCAUACACUACAAACCAGAAACAGACAAUUGUAGUGUUGUGGACUCGAAUAAACUUUUCCUAUUAGACAGUGGAGCUCAAUAUGAGGAUGGAACAACUGACAUAACUAGGACAGUGCACUUUGGCGAACCUACUGCUCGGCAGAAAGAAUGCUUCACCCGAGUUUUACAGGGUCAUAUAGCUCUUGAUCAGGCAGUAUUCCCUGAAAGUACUCCUGGUUUUGUAUUGGAUCCUUUUGCCCGUUCUUUCCUUUGGAAGAUUGGACUUGAUUACCGACAUGGAACUGGACAUGGUGUGGGAGCUGCACUGAAUGUUCAUGAGGGUCCCCAAAGUAUUAGCUAUAGAUAUGGAAAUAUGACUCCCUUAAUGGAAGGCAUGAUUGUCAGCAACGAACCUGGCUAUUAUGAAGACCAUGCCUUUGGCAUUCGCAUUGAGAAUCUUCUUUACAUUAAAGAGGUCGACACACCCAAUCGUUUUGGAGGAACUGCAUAUCUGGGAUUUGAAAAACUCACAUUUGUCCCCAUACAGACGAAAUUGGUUGAUUUAUCAUUGCUUUCCGUUGCGGAGAUUGAUUGGCUUAAUGAUUACCAUUCUCAAGUCUGGGAGAAGGUUUCACCAUUGCUGGAUGGUUCCGCUGGACAAUGGCUUUGGAACAACACACGGCCACUCUGAUUUUCCUUCUGCA